AUGGAGGUCUUGGUAUUAUCCCUCUCCGUUGCUCUUCCGCUUCUCUUUCUUGGCCUUUUCAUCUUUGCUUUUACCCGAAAAUUGGGUGAUGGUGAUAAGAAGUUGCCUCCUGGGAGCUUGGGAUGGCCUAUUAUGGGGGAGACCUUAGAGUUUUUGUUUGGGAAGCCGGAAAAUUUUGUGUUCGAUAGGAUGAAGAAGUACUCCCCUGACAUUUUCAAGACCAAGAUAUUGGGGGAGAAGACUGUGGUGAUUUGUGGGCCUGAGGGACACAAGUUUCUGUUUUCGAGCGAGACCAAGUACUUCACCGCAUUUCGCCCCCAUUCCAUGCAGAAGAUCUUCAGAUCAUACCAGGCUGCUGCUCCGAAGCAGAUAGCCAGGGACGCUGAGGCUAAAAUCAUAAGGGCGCCAGGGUUUUUGAAGCCGGAAGCACUGAUUCACUACCUGGGGAAAAUGGACUCCAUCACACAGCAGCAGCUGCAGGCUCACUGGGAGGGAAAGAACGAAGUGAAGGUCUUCCCUUUCGCCAAGACACUCACCUUGACUCUUGCUUGCCGCUUCUUCCUAGGCAUCGACGAUCCUGAAAGGAUAGCUAGGCUUGUUACCAAUUUCGAUGAUAUUACCUUGGGGAUGCACUCUAUUCCUUUGAGGAUCCCCGGGACAAAUUUUUAUCAAGCUAGCAAGGCUGCAGUUGCCAUCCGCAAGGAGCUCUUCACCAUCAUCAAGGAGAAGAAAGCCGCCAUGGCCACUGGACAGUCCAUGCGAGAUAUUUUAUCACAUAUGAUUGUUGCUACCGACCCAACCGGCAGAUUCAUGCCCGAGGCUGAGAUUGCUGACAAAAUCAUGGGUUUAUUAACUGCCGGAUACAGUACUGUUGCCACCGCUAUUGCUUUCUUCAUGAAAUUUGUCGGAGAGAGACUUGAUAUCUACAACAGGAUCUUGGCCGAGCAAUGGGAGAUCGCAGCCAGCAAGCAGCCUGGAGAUUUCCUAGGCUGGGAUGAUAUGCACAAGAUGAAGUACUCAUGGAAUACAGUGUAUGAAGUGAUGAGAUUCACACCCCCACUUCAGGGAACUUUCAGAACUGUUCUUGAGGACUUUACCUAUGCCGGUUACACCAUUCCAAAAGGCUGGAAGGUAUAUUGGACAGUGAGCACCACAAACAAAAACCCGGCAUACUUCCGGGACCCAGAAAAGUUCGAUCCAACUAGGUAUGAGGAACGGAAUGGAUCAUCACCACCUCCUUUUGCGUUCGUGCCAUUUGGAGGGGGGCCGAGAAUGUGUCCAGGAAAAGAGUAUGCAAGAUUCGCAAUUCUCACAUUCCUUCACAACGUUGUGAAGAGAUACAAGUGGGAAGUGCUCCUUCCUGAUGAGAAGAUUGUGGGUGAUAUGAUGCCAACCCCACAAAAAGGACUUCCUAUUCGCCUUCAACCACACUGAUCAUUU